AUGCCUGGAAUGAAGCAAGGCACCCCCCAGAUUGCCGGGUCGUUACAAUACCUGCCGGUAUACGUGGCGCUGCAGCAACCUUCGGGAGCCUCGUCAAGCCAUCUGACCAGCCACUGGCCAAUGCGGACGCACCGACAACACGUGAGGAGAGAUCAGGCGUGUGGCAUCAUUGAAGGUUCCAGCGCUGCGGUUCGAGACCACGUCGACUUUGUUGACUCGAUGAGAGCCAGACUUGUCCAUCAUCUCCUCAGCCCAGCGAUAGCCAUGAUCGGAAGCGAAAUCAUUCGGCUUGUCCGAUAUCCGAAAAGUCUUGUCAAAAGGGGCGCGACGCGGUGCUCGGCGAUCAUGAUCACGAUCCAAACGUGGCCAUGCAAUCUAUCGCAGACGCCAAAGAGAGGCAAGUCGAGCGGUACUGGCGGUGUGGCUUGUUGCGCAUCAGCGUCUUUUGAUGCCAUCAUCAUGGCCACGUAUCGCGCCAUGACGCCUCAUUCGGCCAUGGGGGUGAAGGGCGUGGUGUCCUGCUGCCGCUGCAUGAUCUUCAAAGCCCCCCUGGACGUCAAUUUGUAUCAGAAAGCCCAGAUUGUUCUGCCGUAUUCAUCACUCGUCGACAGACAGACAAGAGAAAACAGUGGCUUUUGGGGGCCAAACGGUUCCGCAGUUGACGGUGUGGCUUCCGCAUUUCAGGGCAGCGCGACUCGAGAUCCGACGGGCACGUUAUGUAGGAUCGAGAAGCAGCACAGAAGGGUGGUCAAGGGCACGUUCAGCCGACGAGAAGGGGGGCACGAGUUGCAUCAGUUUUCCCCAUGUGCACUGGACACUUGGGUUGUUGUCGAGACAGAGAAACAACCAGAGGCCCGACCUGUGGGUGUGGUGUUGCACUGCGUUCGGCCCCGUCUCGUCUGCGAGCCAUCGGAGGACACUGCCUAUCCAAGUCCGCCUCGCUCCACCAGAGAUUUGGUUAGUCCCCUCUUCGAGAAGCAGACGCUUCCGGGGCUUCGUUGCAGUACGGAACAGCACAGCACCUGUAGCACAGCAGCAGGAGCAGUUGCAGCCUGUGCCACUGGAGCCUCGGAAAUGGCCUCCCCGGAAAGGAACGCUGCCAGGGCUGUCAGUGAGCUCAUGCGCGCGGAGAAGAGCGCGAUGUCGCGGCGCCCCGAGAUCGAAGACGGACGGCGGCACGCCCAGAGGCCGUGA